ACAGCGUGGUACUCGUGGUAUGGACGAUAACAUGGCUGAAAACGCUGCAGUUUUUGAUGAUAACUAUGUUAUUGGAAAGGUUGUGGACUGUGUUGAAGUGUCUCCAGAAAAGGAAAAUCCAGAAACGACAGGAGAUUUGAGGCCAAAAAUUCAAUGGUCCUCCAAGCCCUCUCUCAACGUAGCCACUGUCUGCCCUUUGCCUCGAAGUGGGAACUCUGAGACAAGUUCAGAUUGCUUCCUGACGCCUGCUCCAGUGUCUUCAUUUGCAAGAACAAGCCCAGAUGUUUCCUCACCAGGAACUGGAUCACAGCGGGUGUUCAGGGAGACUUUUACUCGGCUGUGUCCCUUCUCCUUUGAUUUGCGUGACUCCAUGCAAAGAGUUGUCCGUGAACAAAAGCUGGAGGAGAUGAGGCUGAGAAAGGAAGUUUGUCUGGCAGAGCUCUUCCCUUUUAAAGCUAACCCAGUGAGGAAGUACAAACCACUGGUAGUGAAGCAGAGCACGCGUCCACUCACAAUCCCCCGGUCACCCUUCUCCAGUGCUGAUCGAUGAAAAUAAAAAAAACUUAUUGAAUAUUUAUUUUUAAAUAAAUCUAAUUUGCAGUGUUUAUUAAAAUUGUAAAGAUAUGUUUAAAUAAAUUUUAUGAAUAAA